GGCGAUUGGUGGGGACUUGCAAGCCGGAUCCUCGCGGAGCCGAGAGUCCUGAAGACUAACAGUUCCUUGUCAAAGGCAGCUCCUAGUCGAAAGCUCCUCUCGCCAAAAUAAAGGGAUCCAUCCAAACUGAAGUCCGGAAGAGAAAGGAUGGGGGCUACGGGUUGCCGCACAGUCCAAGCUGCGCCGUUUGCUUGUCAAAUUCGGCUGACCGCUCCUGUCCGGGUGCCCGAAGCCUGCGGCGGCGUCUCAGAGCCAGUUUUAGGUGUGGCUUGUACGGUGUGCGGAGCGAGAACUUCGAAAAUGGGGAAAUAGAGGAGCGGGAGUGGAAACAAGCCAGACAGCAGUGGGGGGAAAAGGGGAAGCGCACCGGACUGGGGGCAUUCCUGGGGUGCGCCUCUGAGCCUCUGAUCCCCUCCCUGAGCAUCCCAGCGAUUCCUUCCAGAUGCUAAGUCCUAAGUGCUUUGAAGAGCAAAAUAGCAACAUGAACCACAAAAAAAUAUGCCUUAGGGCCACGAGCGCUGCCCCAGAGGACUCCUGGUGGCCAGCAGCUCCGAAGCCACUCAGGUGCUUGGCCUCCAGCUCCCACUGACACAUCCGGGAAUCCCGUCUGCCGGCCUUCCAGCCUGGAAGCCUACCCGAACCAUGGAGGCCCCGGAGGUCCCCGUGGGUGCACUGAUUGACUUCGGGACUGAGCCAGCCCCCUCCGAGCCCCUAGAGACACUGCCUCCGAAGCUGCAGGAUGGGGACAGCUCCCAGGGCGACGGUGCUUCAGAGAGUGAGACCACAGAGUCUGCGGACAGCGAGAAUGACAUGGGCGAGUCACCCUCACACCCGUCCUGGGACCAGUACCGCCGCUCCUCCUCCAGUGAGUCCUUCUCUUCCAACCAGAGCACCGAGUCGGCCAAGGACGAGGAGACCCUGGAGCUCCGGGAGUUCAUGCGCAGCUACGUGGAGAAGAUCUUCUCUGGAGGGGAGGACUUGGACCAGGAGGAGAAAGCCAAGUUUGGAGAGUACUGUAGCAGUGAGAACGGAAAGGGCCGCGAGUGGUUUGCUCGAUACGUGAGCGCCCAGCGCUGCAACUCCAAGUGUGUCUCGGAGCCGACCUUCUACCGCCUGGUGCAGUCUUUCGCCGUGGUCCUGUUCGAGUGUCAUCAGAUGGACGACUUCGGGCCUGCCAAGAACCUCAUGACCAUGUGCUUCACCUACUACCACAUUGGUAAGCCGCACCUGCUGCCUUCCGAGUGCAGGGAGAAGCCCACGGGGGGCAUCGACUCCUACCUGAAAUCCGCCAACAGCUGGCUGGUGGAGAAGAAGGACAUUGCUGAGCGGCUGCUGAAGAACACAUCAGCCAAGACAGAGAACGUCAAGGGCUUCUUCGGGGGGCUGGAGACCAAGCUGAAGGGACCCCUGGCCAGGAAACACGAGGAGGAAGAGAACAAGCCCAGGGAGAAGCCGCAGAAGACUGUGACCGUGUGCAGCCCGGAGGAAGAAAGGAAGGGGGAGAAGGUCUACCUGUACACGCACCUGAAGCAGCAGCCCAUCUGGCACACGCUGAGGUUUUGGAACGCGGCUUUCUUUGACGCCGUCCACUAUGAGAGAAGAAAGCGGUCUCCUACCACCAGAGGGGAUGCUGGAGAGGAGGAGAAGAAGAGGGAGAAGUGGUGCCACAUGACCCAGGAGGAACGCAACGACAGUCUGCGGUUCAAUGAGAACAUCACCUUCGGGCAGCUGGGCACAUUCACUCACAACAUGCUGGCGUUUGGGCUCAACAAGAAGCUGUGUAAUGAUUUCCUGAAGAAGCAGGCCGUGAUCGGCAAUCUGGACGAAGAGCAAUACAAGCUGCUGAGCGACCACAUUGAACAGAUGGCCGUUGAGUAGGCAGGCCAUGGGAGGUCGCCCGGAGCACCCUCCAGGAGGACUGAAGGUGCACACCCCUCUCCUGGGCCAGCGACUGGCUGUCACCCCACCUGAAGACCCUGCAUGACCUCGGCAGCACCCAGAGCCGCUCCACACUGCCCUAGAACUAGCAGUUAGAACAAUCUGGUUGCCCGUCUCCCCACCUCCCUUCUGCCUUGUCUGCUCCCCCCAUCCGCGUGCCAUAGGGUCCCUGGGAUUACACGAUAAAACCAAGAUGACUGCCCCUACUCCUGGGUGUCAGGCCCGUGACAUAGGACCGAGCAGGAGGUGGAGGAAGGACACCAGGGCCAAGGUGGGCCCAGGGCAGCACCUGCUGCAGCCGCCUGCAGGAGAGGGAGGGGGUGGGGUGCCCGUGGGAAUGCAGAUGGGGGCAUCAUGAGCUGGCACAUGCCAAUGACACGGGUGACAGUCUGGGACCCUCUUCUUCGGCAGCGGGAUGGAGUAGGGGUACUCCGCCAGUCGGGGCUCCUGCUGAGCCACAGCCCCACACAGGGGGCAGUGGGCCUCCCCGGGCAGGCCGGGUCAGUCCGUGGCUGCUGCUGGCUCUGCCAGCUCCCCACCGUGUGACAGGAACUGGAGUCACAGGAACCGCUAGGAGGAAAGAGACACUUCCUGUUUUAGGGAGGGAGAGAGCCCGGUGCAGAAGGCCCAGCGAGGGGUGUGAGUGCCCCAGAGGCCUCGUGGGAUCUGCAUGGCUGCUUGGGACUCACACCAGCACCGAGCUGUCAGUGUCAGGCCAUCUGAAAUGCUCCUGGUCAGCUGACGGCUUCCUUCUGAAGCAGAGAGAGUCCUGCACUCCCUCCCUGGGAGUAGCACGGGCUGUCUGCCCCGUGAAGAGGCACCAAACAGAGAAGUCUCUUCAGUAGCUGCAAGACAACCACCCUUUCUAAAAGCAGACACUGCUGUUCUGUAUUUCAAGGAAGACAGAAAAAUCUGCGUUGGUGUUAGACAGCCGGGCAGAGGCGGCUUCUGGGGGCAGUUGCAUGAGGCUCAUGGGUGGAGUGGCCACGCGGCAUGGGGCCCUCCGCCCCCCGGCAGCCUUGGGAAGGCACCUCUGCCCCCCUCGGCCCUCGCCAGCUGACCGCUGUCCUGCACACUCUGCAGAUACCCCUCGUCGUGCAUCCAGUGCCUGGGAACCCUGGCUUUUCUCUCGGGGUUUAUCCCGGCCCGAGAGGACUGACGUGUGACAGCAAGCAGCCAGCAUGCGGCUCCUCCGGCCUGAAUAUUUCCCCGUUCGUCCGCUUCCCUCUGCCUCAGCCCCUCGCACUUGGGCACUGACCUUGAAAGUAGGCCCGGGGCGCUCUCCUUUCCCUGCAUCCUCCCCUCCUGUUUCCCUCUCUACCGCCUCUCCUCUCGGUCAUUACGUUACAGUCUCCUCUUGAGCACAGCAAAAACAUGCCUGGUAGUCACUCACCCGGCCAGUGCUGGAAUGCUUUCCCUCAUGGGAUGCCUCCCUGGAAUGUUCCAGAGACGAGCAUGCCCCGACGGAGCCGUAGCCGCACGUCUUGGUGAGGACAGGAGAGGUGACAUGAAGCAUGGUGUGAUGGGAGUGGGCUGGUGUCCAAAGGCUGGAUCCCGAAACUCAGCUUGUUUUUAUGAUGGCAUCGUGUGAGAGAGAGAGAGAGAGAGAGGUCAGCCUCUCUGGCGAUGUCACCAAACAGAGCACAGCUGUGUUGCUGGGGCAGGUCCCACAGACUGGAGGUCCCCCCCACCCCCUGGCCAGCGUUGGGCCCCAGGGACAGUGCAUGUCUCAUGCAUUUCAGAGGUCAAAUUAAUGAGUAUGUGGACCCUCCUCCAAUGCCUAUUUCAGAUGAGGCAUCCCCUCCUAAAACGCUCAACCGUGACCCCUGAAUCCGUUGUGCUCCCCUCACCCUCUGUAGAAUCAGGGCCGCAUGGGGAGGGGGGCCAUCUGAGGCUCCUGCAAGGCUCUCCUUUCAACUGCAUUAUCAUUGGCUUUAUUAGUCAUUUCUCAGUAGUUAGUUGAAAUGCAUUACAACUUUAUCGUACGGUGCCCCCGAGACUUAUCCUUGUGUAUAUCAGAUUUUUGUAUAGAAGCCUGAUUCUGAUUUCUGGAGGGAGUGAAGUGGGUUCUGAGGCUCUUUCCAGAGUGCCAGAGAGUGGGCGUGGCCCUUUCCCCUGGGGAGGGGCCCGUAGGACCCCUCCCUUGGCCUUUGGAAGGAAACGCCCCUUUGACUUCUUGGGCUUUUCCAAGCACUUUAGUUUCAAAAAUGAUAUUGAGACAUUGAUUCCCCCCUGUAGGCCUCUUGAAGUAGCAGUUGGAGGUGGAAGCAAGGCCUGCUUAGGGUUUUCUCCCAUCCCAUUGCUUGUUCUUUUGGCUGGGCAGGGUGGGGUUGGGCUGCCGGGCUUGCUCAGACGGUGCCAGAGACCUGGGCCCUCCUCAGAGGCAUUUACCUCGCAGUGGCUCUGGCCGGUGUCACUUGGAGGAGUCCCUUCCCUAGAAAGAAGGCUGGCAGCCUGCCUUGCUGAGAGUGCCUCUAUCCCUGGGACACGGUCUCUUCCCUUGGGGGCCCAGCCAGAGCAGACCAACACGGGACAUCUCAGAGGUCCCAGCGUGCAGAGAGGUCUCCCUCUGGUGCACACACAGGGACACGUUGGUGUGAGAGCCGUGCGAACCCUUCCUAUAAACUCAGGAACAGUAGACUCAGUGCAGGAAGGGUCAGAUCAUAUCCUAGAAGAGAGCUUCCCAUCCCGGCAGGGAGAGUUGUCCGAAGCCAGGAGCUCUGAAGGCUCGCCCGCCCUUCAGCACUGGUGUUUUCAGACUUUCUGCUGGCUGUCCUCCAGGGCUGUGCAAAUCACAGUGAGCCAGGACAGCUAAUCCUCUCAAAUAAAAAGUUCCCUGCUUGGAAAACAGGAUGAUGUUCAGAUGCAGCUUUUGGAGGUGAGGCUGGUGCUGAGGGAGAGAGAGAAUCCAAAGCAGGCUCCACGCCCAGUGGGGAGCCCAAGGUGGGGCUCAGUCUCACGACCCUGAGAUCAUAACCUGAACUGAAACCAGGAGUCAGAUACUGAACUGACUGGGCCACCCGGAUGCCCCAAGACGCAGCUCUGUGUUUAGCCUUUGUUUUAAUUUUAGCAAUAUUGGUAGAUGUGUAAGGGGGGCACGUUGAUAUUCAGAUUGCAUCUGCUGUGUGUGCAUGUGUGUUUAACCAAAGGUAGGAGAACCAGAUUCUGAUAUCCGAAGUUAUUUGUACAGUAAAAUGGAGUGAACUAUGAUUUUCCUGUUGCCAAAAAACGGGGGAGGGUUUGCUAAGAAUUUCUUAAGUUACCAAAAGGAGGACCAGAAAAGAGUCCCAUUUCCUGAGUUCUGAACCCAAAUUAAAAUCUAGGAUGUUCAGGUUAGCCCGGGAGCCCACCUAGGGACAGGUCAGCCGGUGAAACCCGCAAGCAAACGUGGACAGUGGCCCAGGGCAAGAGAGUCAGGCAUGCCUCCCCUUUCUCUGUGCUCCUCUUCGGAGUUGAAACCAGUGUGUGCGUUACUUCUCCAAGCCCAGCUAGACCGCAGAGUUCAUUGCCCUGGAGAGGAGACCCAGCCUUGAAGUUUGCUCCCCGACAGAAUGUUUUAUGCGACUAGCUUGUGCCAUAGAGCGCCUGGCAUUCCAGUCCCCGGAUGUGAGGCACACCACGAAGGAGUUUGUGCGAGGUUCUGUCUAACCCCGGUGACCGUGACCACCAAUCGGGGCUGAAAGCUGCAGGCCUGACCUUCCUGCUCGUUACAGCAGCCUAAGGGCUGGCUUUUAUUUAGGGAGGAUCCAGGUGAGCCCGUGAGGUUUGAUCAGUUUUGUUAUCAGAUUACCUAAAACUGGAGACACUUGGCAGCCGGGGUGGGGAGUGGGCCGGAGUCCUUUCCCCGGAACAGUGAGGAACCUUUGGAAGAAGAGUUUGUCAUCCAGAGCGGGGAGGCCGGGUGCAGGGGAGCGAGGUCCAGCCCCAGCCUCGGGAGAGGGGGGUGCCAGCGCUCAGAUCAGCUCAGGCAGCUCUCUUCUCUCCCCAUCUUCAGUCAAGGACCAGCUGCCGGGUGGGAGUCCCUUCUGCCUCCUAGUCCCCCAGCCUUGUAGUUCUGAACCCUUACUCUCAUGUCUCUGCUGCCUCCCCCUAGCUUCCCUAUAAAUCAUUUAUUCCUUAUGACUCUCGGGGAUGAGUUUCACCAAAAAGGGAAUUGCAUCAGCUAGAAGCACCCCUAAUUGAGUAAUGUGCAAUGUUCAGACCUCGGGCAAAACCACACAGGCCACAUGUCGCAUACGUCCUUUGUCGUCGUGGGGCCGGGAAUAGGGGGUGUGUUGGUUCACCAGAUAACAAAUGGAGGAGUCCUUUUCAGAUUGUUCACCUUCAGCAAAUACACUCGAUGCUAAGACCAUCCUCCAUGGCAGCCUCCGGUGGGCUUCAUCGGUGUCCCUUGCUGUCCCUGGGCCCGAGAGUCUCAUACUCCUCAGGGAGGGACGGAAGGGUCUCGUGGGGGCCGGCAUGCUCUGUUCCUUGGGCGCUGUCUUGUGCUCCCCUAGUCAACCAGGGCCCGGGAGUCAACCAGUGCAGCCUCUUGGUUACUAACAGAAAGGGAUAAACUUGUGAUUUCCAGAAGAGCGUCAGGAUGGUCUGGGUUUGCCCAUCUUCCUGUCACUUCCACACACACCUGCCACAGGGUGUCCGAAGUUGGGGGAGAACUCGGAUCAUCGCCUAACCCCCAGAUUCCAAGGCUUUGACAAGGUAGAGUCAGAGCAGAGCGCACCGCCACCUGGAGCCCUCCUGAGCUGCCCCUCAAGGGGUCUGCACUUUAGCUAAAACGGACCACUUAUUGGUAAAUCCCCCUUGACCCACAGGUCAGUCCUAGAAUGGGGGGCUAGUACCUGUUCCCUGCUUGGACAUGUGCUCGUGAAAAUGGGAAGAAGGCACUGCGGGCGCUGUCCCCGCACGUCAGCUCUGACAGGGGUGGGGUCCUAUUUUCUUCUGUGCCAGAGACAGCGUAGGUUAGCUUCCUCCGUCCCUGUGGUUGCGAGCGAGCCUGGGGCUGUCACUUCUGUAAGGCGCCUUGAAGAAGACGAGCCCAAACUUUGAACAUUAGGAAAUGCUAGAAAUUCAGACAUUAGACAUAGAGCCCCUUCAAAUAUGUAAAUGUGUUAGAACAAGGCCCGUCUGUCACCUUUGUUAUAAACCGUGGCCUCUGCUAGGGCUCUCGGAGAUGGUUUACACGUGUGCAGUAAUGCGUUUUCUCUUUCAGCCAGCUGGUCUUGGACCCUGACCCUGCCGUUGCCACACCCAGAGCUUGCCUUUAGUAGCCCCAAAGUAGAGUUCCGUGAAGCAGUUGUUCUUGGUGUGACCAUUAUGCAAUCCUGUGUCCCACCAGGUGACAUCCUACAAACAGUAUUUUAAGGCUGAGGAAGGUUCAAGGUGGGAGAUCUCAGAACAGUGCUAAAACCAAAACUUUCCUGUGAAGAAAAAAAAAAAAAACCUAUGUCUCUAUAUUGCACCUCAGAUUGUCAGAAGGUGGAAACUUAAAUAAAUUAUCUUAAAAAAAAAAAA